CCACAACUCUGUUGAAGGUCCCAGAGCUCAGCUGAACUGUUUUUCUUAAUAGCUCCAUAUCAAAAGCUUAUGAAUUGUGCAAAGUUAUUUUCUGUCAUACUAUUAUAUCGUACACUUCAAGAAAAGCCCAGUCUGGAAUGAAUCUGGAAGAAGACUACCCUGCUGGAAAAACCCCUAGAAGACUGGAAAAGCUCUGUGCUGAGAAGUUUGCCAAUGAUAUUGCACUCAGAGCACUACCACUCAUAGAGUUGUAUUUCUGUUUUUCCAAGACUAUUCCGGGCUUAACUGUACCAAGCUAUGAUUUUCUGCUUAAUGAUCUCCUUCGACUCAAAACCUUCUUUUGGGAUGGUACUUAUCCGUGGCUUGGUUACAAAGGGUCCUUCGUCAGGAAAAUGGUUAAUGAGGCCAUAGCAGAUAUACUAGAUUACCACACGGAAAUCAUGGAAGGAGCUCGUUAUCUGCAGGUCUUCACCUUGUUCACUUUCCAGUUGCUGUUCCAGUUGGAAGCUGGAAGAAUAUCCACCAGAAGAUACUUUGUCAUUAAUCCGGUGAGCGGAAAAUUGCAACGCUUUUUGGAAGUCGUUGGCCCCUUUUCUAUAAGAGCUCUGUAUAGCAGUUGCAUUAUAUUUCAUGAAGCCGAAACCUUCGCUCUUCUUCUCAAAUAUUCUCCCAAUCUCAAGUUUAUCCAGCUCCACAGAUCCUACAAUGAAGCUGUGCUGGAAAAGCUGCAGGUUUUCUGUCCUACAAUUGAAGAUAUUGAAAUAGACAUUACUUCGUGUGAAGAUUGUGAGAAUGUCGAGGAAUCGCUCUGCAAAACAUUCUUCAGGGCACUGGACAAGAGGCAGAUCAUCAAAAGAAUAACGAAGCAGCAACGCGUGGACCUGUCUUUCCCAAAUUUAAAGACUGCCUUGUUUUAUUCGUCAGAUGAGCAUCGUGGGCCAUCCUUAAAUUGGCUGGUGUUUUUUCUUAAAUACUUAUGCCCAGAAUUAAAAACCAAAUGGUGCUGUUCAAUCGAUGAGGUCAGUCUUAUGCCCAGCAUCCUAAAAUCUGGGAUAUGGUGCCCAUUUUUCGUGAAGGAGGCAAAGUCUAGAAUGUCUCUUGAUGGUCUAGCUUUCCACCUGGAAGAUUCAGAAGGAGAUGACCCCACUCCACAUGAGUUCUGCCUUCAACUUUUCCUGCAGUGUAAUUACAUAUUUAUUGAUUUUAAUGGGCAUGAAGAUGUCAGACUCCCCAAUUUCGUUGAAGUCCUUUUAAGGAAGUUUAAGUGCCAUGGACUGAAACUGUUGUACAGUAUUGCCGAUAGUGAACAACUUGCAUCAACAUUUCAGGGGAUAGGGUCAACACUGAAAGAAUUAUACUUAGAUGGGCCACUUUUCACACUCACGGAUGGAGAGCAGCUUUAUGCCAUCUUGAACAGCUGUCCAAGUCUGAACGUACUUUCCCUGCAACUGGACUUGAUAUACAGGCAUUUCAUGGAGAGACUGAAUGAACUCACAAACCUAGAAGUAUUGUCUGUCAAAGUGGCAAAUUUUCCUCUGUGGAACAAUUUUCCAUACAACGAACCCAGGGUUCAACUGUACUUGCAGGAAAGGAUACAGAAUUUUAUGACUCGGCAUUCCAUCAGAGAUGACCUUCCCGCAUAUCUAAAUUCACCAGGCCAGUCUCUUGAUUAUGUUUUUCACUGUUUUCGGGACACCCUUGAAAAUUCUGAAGAAUCAGAAGACUACAUCCACCCUUCAGUGGACAUCAACUCUUGGAUGAGAAGUUUGUGUCACUCGAGCAGAGCGGAAUCAAUUAAGAAGCUGUUUGGACCUGGACCUCUCAGGUACGAUCUUUCUGCAGCUGGCUCAGGUUUUUAUAUUCGCGAAAGAAGCUCCUCCUCCUCCGAUGAAGAUGGUUCAUCAGGACCAUCCUUCCUGCCUAUUAAACCCGAAAACGAAGCAUUAUCCUAUUUUGGCAAUGUAGAGUAUGUAUAUUGCACGAAAAAGUACAAGAACCCAGAGAUUAUGGCUCAAGCCGGAAGCGAUUCGAAAUCCAAGACGACCCAUCACACAGAAAAUAUAAAUGUCGAACCCACCGUACCAAGUGCAGAUGCAUUCCAUUCUCGAGAAACAGUGAGAGCAGAUGAUGGUGCGUUGAACUAUGGUAUAGACCUAAAGCGGGCUGAAAAUGAGUUAAGACAAUGGAGAUUAGAUAUGGACUAUGGGGCACCUGUAGCUUUGUUAGACACUUUAAUCCACUCAUCUCCCAAUCUCAAGGUACUAGAGAUCCCUGACUUGAGAUUAACUGAUCCAUUCCAUAUCUUCAGCAGACAUAACCUGUUGUCGAGUCUUUCCAAAGUCCACACACUACAUCUAACAUGCCAGUUUACAACCCCUCUAGUCUAUUCUCUCGCCAACUUGAUCUCCUUGAAAAGACUAAGAAUCGACCUCUCUCAUGGAGUUGAUAAUUUCCUGAGAUUCAAGAGGAAGUUACGAACAACGGAUAUAGUGAUAGAAAGUGGAGGAAGUCUGGUAUACCCUGGAUCAAAUGUUUCAUUGAUUGAUUAGAAAGUGAGGCAGACUUUGUGGCCAAGAAGGAAAAAAAACACCCUAAGAGGCCUUUUAAAAUUGUUUUUAAAUAAUUAAGAGCUUAACAGCUAAAUUUAGAUGUUUCGUGCACAGUUUCAUAGAAUGUUAUGCUCCAAAAACAUAUGUAAAGAUGCAGAGAAGUUUACUCCUAUAGCAACAAUGAUGUUGUAAUACAACAACAUACUCUAUUUAAAAGUGAAGAGGUAUGUAUGAGAUGCAGAUAUACUCUCAACUUUGUUUCCUUCUUCCUGGCCUGUUUCAUGGGUGAUGUAUUUGUCAUGCACAUGAAUUAUAUUUCCCCAAAAUACUAAAUUUUAUCGCACAGAAAGGUAUGAUUGUUUUAUCAGAUCCACUGAUAAUUAAUAUGAACAAAUUAAUGUUGCUAGGAGAACGUAAUCCAUAUCAGUAUCGUACAUUUUGCUUUAGACUACAUUAAGAGUCUGUUGAAUUUUAUUUAUAGGAUUUUAGUUAUCUAUGUGUUCUUAAAAAAUGAACUUUUAAAUAAAAUAUU